AUGAAGGCUUCCCCGCUGCUCAUCUCGUGGCAUAACGACAAUGCUCCCAUUUACUCUGUCCAUUUCGACCCCAAUGGCAAGGGUCGUCUUGCAACCGCCGGAAACGACAGUAACGUUCGACUCUGGCGAGUUGAAUCAACCGGUGAAGAACGAAAGGCGACAUACCUCAGCACGCUGGUCAAGCAUACACAAGCCGUCAAUGUGGUCCGAUGGUGCCCCAAGGGAGAAAUGUUAGCAUCGGCCGGAGAUGAUGGGAAUGUCUUACUCUGGGUGCCGUCAGAGGUCCAGUCCCAGCCAGGAUUCGGGGAGGAUGGAUCUGACGAUAAAGAAACCUGGCGAGUGAAACACAUGUGUCGCUCAUCAGGAGCGGAGAUCUAUGACCUGGCCUGGUCUCCCGACGGUGUCUUUAUCAUGACCGGAAGCAUGGACAAUAUUGCCCGGAUCUACAACGCUCAAACCGGGCAAAUGGUACGGCAGAUUGCGGAACAUUCCCACUAUGUGCAAGGCGUGGCCUGGGAUCCACAGAAUGAAUUUGUUGCAACCCAGUCAUCCGAUCGAUCAGUUCACAUCUACAGCCUGAAGAACAAGGAUGGUCAAUUCACCUUGCAAUCCUAUAGCAAGAUUCUCAAGAUGGACCUACCUGCCAAACGCAUCGCUUCCAGCAGUCCUGCCCCAGAACCGACCAGCAGGCCGUCACAGAGCACGGGCAAUUCAAUUGCUAUCGCUUCACCAGCCCCGUCAACUCCAGGAACCCCGAUGAUAUCUAACUUACCAAUGGAUCCUCCUCCGGUUUCUCAUAGCCGGCGGUCCUCGUUUGGUUCUUCUCCUUCGAUCCGACGUUCCGCGUCUCCCGCCCCAUCUUUGCCGCUGCCAGCGGUGAAACCCCUCGAGGUCUCAUCGCCGAGCCUUCUUGGCGGACUGGGAGUCAAGAAUGCCAGCAUCUAUGCUAACGAAACUUUUACCUCAUUCUUUCGCCGGCUAACAUUUGCUCCAGAUGGAAGUCUCUUGUUCACACCAGCUGGUCAGUACAAGACCUCUCAUGUCUCAGCGACAGAUCCUUCAAAAACUACGGACGACAUCAUCAACACAGUGUAUAUCUACACUCGGGCUGGCUUCAAUAAGCCUCCCAUCUCUCAUCUUCCAGGGCACAAGAAACCGUCAGUAGCGGUCAAGUGCUCCCCAAUCUAUUAUACACUAAAGCAAAGCGCCCAAACUACCAAAUCCCUAACGUUGGCUUCUGGAGAAGAGAUGUUUCCGCCUUUGCCUGACUCUGUUGUGUCGUCAAGUGCGCCAUCAACGAGCCACCCCCAGAUGGAUCCCCCAUCAACUGCUCCAACAGGAGCUGAAGUGUCAAAGACACAGCCGUCGUCGAAAACCGAUGGCAAUGGCGGCGAUACUGACCAGAACGCAACGGGUCCUGUGUUCGCUCUUCCCUAUCGCAUGGUCUAUGCAGUGGCAACACAAGACGCUGUUCUUAUCUAUGAUACACAGCAACAGACCCCUCUAUGUGUUGUGAGUAACUUACAUUUUGCCACCUUCACCGAUUUAACUUGGUCGAACGAUGGGUUGACGCUCAUCAUGAGUUCUUCGGAUGGCUUCUGCUCUCAUCUUUCCUUCGCACCAGGCGAGCUCGGCCAGCACUGGACAGGGCCAAUCCCUGGAGUUCCAAACCCCUCCGGCUCAAACGCAACGUCAGCAAACGUUACGCCUUUGCCAACUCCAACCUACGUGCCUUCUCCAGUCAAGGCGACAGGCAGCGGCCCAGCCACUGCGACCACCUCCCAGGUCCCACCAGCCAGCCCUGCGCGAUCUAACUCAGCUAGCUCAGUCGCAACCCCGUCAUCUACCCAGCCGUCAGGAGCUGUCGUCAACAAUCCGACUCCAACAUUGGGCUCGGUUCCAUCGGUAACGGCAACACACUCUUCGCAGCCUCCAACCUUGCCGCUCAGCACACCCCCACAAACGCCUUUGCCGAAUACUACUUCUCAGCAAAGCACCACAACCACGUCCAGUGUCCUCGGAAAGCGAGAUGCCCCUACUGCCAGUGAGUCGGAGAAGGAAGAGGCAAAGGGUUCCGAAUCAGCUCUGCCGAUUCAACAAUCGAAGAAGCGCCGCGUUGCACCGACACUUAUAUCAACAAGCACGAACUCAGCUUCGUCAUCGAAGGAUAAUAGCCAAAACCCUAGCGCUGGCGCCUGA